AUAGAUAGGUAUAUCAUUUAUUUAGAAAACAUAGUUAUCUAACUAGUUUUUGGUUUCCCUCUUUAAAAAUGAAGACUUUCUUCAUACUAUGCACGGCUGUAACAGUCUUACAGAAUGAAAAUAAACCAAACACACCAACACAAAGAAAAGUGCUUAAGCCCCAACCGACUCCAUCAAAUAAUAAACCAGACAAUGACAAUMUUGGAAAAAAUCCAAACGAUGUUGAUUCGGGGGAAACUGGAACRCCGACGACGUUCAUAGAUUCGGGUAAACGAGUUGUAAAAACUAUGCAGAAGAUUKCCUCCAGACGUGGUGUUGGCGUAAUGAACGGGUUUUCUGGAUUUUUGAAAAAAUCUGACGGUGCAUUCAACGUUUUUGGAAAUUUCUUACGUGAGCGAGCGAAUAAUKUGAAUGAAGUGGCUGAGGAGAGUUUAGGGUUGGUAUCGGGUUUCGGUGACAGUUCAACAAGAGGAGCGAAAAAUUUAAUCAAGAGUAGUAGAACUAUUGGUGCAGAGGGUGCAAAAGAAUUAGAUUCCAAUUUGCAAAAACUUACUAAGUUGGGUGUAAAUGCAAUACAAUUGGGAGGUACUGCUGUUGGCGCGCCGAUUUCCCUAGGCGGAAACGCAUUGGCCGCCACCAAUUGGGUUGUCAAAGCUCCAAGUAAAAUAUCGAAAAAGGUUACUAACAGAUUUUUCGGAAGAAACAUAAACGAAGAAGAAGAUCAAGAUGGAGAUAGAAAUAAAAAAGGCGUUUAAACCAGUCAAACCACAAAAAACGAUUAAGUUGUUGGUAAUCAACAGUAAAAAAAAGGAAACGUUA